CUGGUCUGUGAGUGUAUCUGCGCGUGCGCGUGAGUGUCGGGGCCGCGCGCGCUGAGGAGGCAGAAGGAGGCGCGCGCUCGCGACACAUUCUUCAGAUGAUCCGCUAAUAAUCAUCAGAAACACCGACAGACAAUCAGCGGAGCGAGAACGAGAAUGCUGACUAGAGAUGGACGUUCCUGAAUACCUGGAUCUGGAUGAGAUUGACUUCACUGAUGAUUUACCUUACUCGUCCAAGAGCAUUCCUGAGCUGUGCCGGAGACACGAUGCAGCGAUCGACGACAGACAGGCUCCGUCCAUCAGCUGGGCCCGCGGCGCGGCGUCUGGUGCAGCGGGAAUCAAACCCACAGGCAUCGCUGAUGUCUACAGUAAGUUCCGGCCAGUCAAGCGUGUGUCUCCGCUCAAACACCAGCCGCAGGAGUCGGAUCCGGAGAGCGAGGCCAAGAGCGCCGAGGCCAGCAAGAGCCGAGGCCUGCUGCUGUUGGGAGAGCUGGAGCACUACGACCUGGACAUGGACGAGAUCCUGGACGUGCCCUACAUCAAGUCUGAGAAGACGAGCGCCUCUAAAGCGCUGAAGCCCGACCUCAGGAAGCCCAAGCCAGUGGAUCAGGACCGGCUCAGGGCUCAGAGCGUUCAGGGAUCACAGCCAGACACGCUUCUGUCCGAUAAAGACGACAGCGGCCCGAGCGCCUUCCCUCUUCAGCCGGCCAACGGCCCGAGACAGGACAAGCCCUGGAGAACACUUGGAGAAGCCGACGAGGAAACCAAGAAGACGCAGAACAUCCUGAACAUCGUGAGAGAAGGACAGAUCUCUCUGCUGCCUCACUUGGCAGCGGAGAACCUGGAGCGGAUCCAAGACGAGGACGAGAACAACCUGCUGCACGUGUCUGCGGCUCAGGGUCACACCGACUGUCUGCAGCACCUGACCUCACUGAUGGGAGAAGACUGUCUGACCGAGAGGAACACACAGCAGCUGACGCCCGCCGGCCUCGCUGUCAGGAACGGUCAUCUGGAGUGUGUGCGCUGGAUGGUGAGUGAAACCGAAGCAAUCGCUGAGCUCAGCUGCACUCGUGAGCAUCCCAGCCUCAUCCACUACGCCGCGAGACACGGACAGGAGCGUGUGCUGCUGUGGCUGCUGCAGUUCAUGCAGGAGCAGGGCAUCUCUCUGGACGAGGCGGAUCAGAACGGGAACACGGCGGUGCAUGUGGCGGCUCAGUUCGGACAUCUCAGCUGCGUUCAGACUCUGGUGGAGUACGGCUCGAACGUGACGGUGCAGAACCAGCAGGGCGAGCGAGCGUCCCAGAGUGCCGAGCGGCAGGGUCACAGCACAUGCUCCAGGUACCUGGUGGUGGUGGAGACAUGCAUGUCUCUGGCCUCACAGGUGGUCAAACUGACCAAACAGCUGCACGAACAGACGACGGCGCGAGUCGCUCUACAGAACCAGCUUCAUCUGCUGCUGCAGACACACGAGCCCAGCUCUCACGUGGAGUCGUGGCCUGAGAUGAUGCUGACAGCCGAAGCGGCUCCCGAUGACGGUCAGUGGACACUGAAGCAGAGACACAUGGACUCAGACCGCAGUCUGACCAGGGAGGCGGAGCCAGGGGCGGGGCCUGGAGCCGGACCAAUGAGACGGCUGGGGCCGGGCGAGAGGCGGGAACUCAAGCUGGCGCGUCUCAAGCAGAUCAUGCAGCGUUCGCUCAGCGAAUCAGACGCAGAAGAGUCCAAACCGCCCCGACCCGAGCGGCCCACGCAGCUGUCCAUCGCAGAGCCCGACGAAAACAAACAGACGCACUUCACGCACAGAACUCCCAAAUCCAUGGACGCUUGCAACCCGUCUCCGUCAUCAGACCACAGCGACCCAGAAACCAAACCCGAAGAGAAGCUCACCACCAGUCCCAAAAGUGCACUCAAGUCUCCGUCCUCCCGCAGGAAAACCUCGCAGAACCUCAAACUGAGAGUCACGUUUGACGAGCCGCCGCGGAAGGACGGACCAGCGCCGGACGCCAAAGUCCAGCCCAGCAAACGAGCGUUUGGGACGUUUCGCUCCAUAAUGGAAACCCUGAGCGGAAACCAGAACAGCAACAACAACAACACCCCCAAACACGCCGGGAAGAAGAGCGAAUCCAAGAGCAAAAGCAAGACGAGCGCCGUUUAAAUCUAGAAACUGAUUCAAAUCCAGCAGCUGCUCGAUGACAUCCAUCUUUUCAACAAUAAAACUCUCUCAUACAUGUGCGUUUCCAAACAGUAGUUUCACAGUACUGUGAUUUUGUACAGACUCUACAAUCAAAAACCAGCAGAGAGUGACAGCCGUACAGCGAACAAUCAAACGAACGAACGAACAAACGAAUCAUUAAAUGAUUCGCUGCACAGAACUCUUGAAGGAUCCAGCACUGCACCUUCAGUUUCUGAUCGAUUUCAAAACUAAUACAUUUUAUAUGUCAUCUGUAUUGUUUUGAGUUUAAGUAUGGAUUUAUAAUUUAACUAUUAUGUUUGAAUGCAAGAAACACUAUAUUAUUGGAAUCUUUGUAACGACAUUUGGCCAUUAAAAUAAAGAGGUUUUAAACUGA